AUGAUGCCAUCUACUAACGAAAACGCCCCUGGUGGGUUCAAUCCUGUGCACUUCACUGUGCUGUGCCUCACGCUCCUCACAGUCCGCUUUCUCUAUGUGGGCCUUACGUGCCCGACAGGGCACUUGCCUGGUCCUUGGUACACUCGUUUUACGCAUCUCAGACUGAAGCGAGCGGUUGUCACGGGUCAAAGGAUCUUCUACAUCGACGCACUUCACAAGAAGUAUGGCCCCGUUGUUCGGCUAUCACCUAAUGAGGUCGGAGUUGCAGAUCUUGAUGCCUUCAAGGAGAUUCACAAGAUUGGCACCAAGUAUAUGAAGAGUGACUGGUACUUGCGAUUAGCCAAUUUCCCAAAGGCUGGGGUCUUUACCAUGCUUGAUCCUCGCGAACAUGGACCCAGAAGAAAGCUCUUGUCUCGAUCGUUCAGCAGAACCUAUCUUGUCGAGAACUGGGAAUCGACCGUCAGAGAAAAGGCAUUCCUCGCCGUCAAUAAAAUCAAGAGCGAUGCAAUGAAUAGUACUGCGGAUGUGUACAACUGGUGGAUGUUGCUUGCCUCCGACGUCAGUGCUCACCUGGCUUUUGGAGAGUCGUUUGACAUGUUGGAGACAGGUCAUCAAAACCAGUUCCUUCGCGUCCUCAAGAAGCUCACCAUGGGUGCUGGCAUUAUGGUUGAGAUGCCUUUCCUUCGUGUCUUGAGGUUCGUACCCAUCCCUGCUGUGCAAGAGAUGUUCAACGCGAAUGAGUACAUCAUCCAAGGUGCAGGUCGAGCAGCAGAGAUGGCAAGGUCCCGUAAAGGUGAAGCGAACAUUUUUGCCAAGGUCAUAGAAGACUGUGAGAAAGAAGGUGAAGGCCACAUCGAUGAUAUGGACGUCAAAAUCGAAGCCAUGAACGUCAUCGUUGCCGGUACUGACACUACUGGAGUAACACUAACCUAUCUUACAUGGGCUGUUCUCCAGCAUCCUGAGCUUCAAGCGGCCCUGGAAGCAGAGGUUGCUGCGCUAGGUGAGAGCUUCACCGAGAACGAUCUGAUCGGCCUUCCUUUACUCAACGCUGUCAUCGAGGAGACCCUCAGACUGUACGGAGCAGCACCUAGCAGUCUGCCCCGUGUGGUGCCCCAGGGUGGAACCAAUUUCUUCAAUUUUUACAUACCACAAGGUGUAACCGUCGACACACAAGCCUACACAUUCCACAGAGAUCCCAAUAUCUGGAGCGAUCCCCUGAACUUCAACCCCUACCGCUGGAUCGCCUCGAAAGAAGGCUACCCAGCUGAAGCCCUGUCCCCUGCUGCGAAGACCGCCUUCCACCCUUUCGGUGCUGGUGCAAGGUCCUGUAUCGGCAUUCAUCUCGCGCGCAUGGAGCUUAGAUACGCAGCAGCGUUUAUGUUCAGGGAGCUGAAGGGUGUCAAACUUGCGGAAAGCACAAUGCCUGAGAGUAUGGGGUUUGAAAACUUCUUUUUGAUCGCGCCAAAGGCGCACAAGUGUGAGAUUACGUUCAACUAG